AUGGCCUCUACUACUCGACUCUUGCGUAAUAAGAUCCUUGUCGUUGGCGAUAAGGAUGCCGGUCUUCUCGAAUUUGUAAAAGGCGUUUUUACAGCAUGCGAAAAAGAAUUUCCACAGAAGCUCGUUGAUGACGAACUGAAAAAAUCAGACGGAAAGUAUUCGGGUGUUUGCAUCCCUUGGGUAAUUGACACAAAGUACUAUACAGCAUCAGUCGAUUUUUGGCUGGACGAGGUUGAUGGCGAUGCCGAGGUUAUAAAGGGCUAUGCAGAUCAGAAGAACGAAAUAGGACAAGUUGUGGACGCUUUUGUUUAUGCUUUCCGUAAGGAUAAGGCAAUAAGUAUCAAAAAUUGGGUACCGUUCCUUGAAGGAUGUGAACCAUCUAUUCAACUUUGUGUUGGCAGCGGACAGCAAAAAGACGACGAUAUGUCACCAAUAGAAGAUUGGUGCCUGGAUCAUCAGUUUGAAUAUGUGGAUCUGGAGGAAAAGACAGUGGAGCCAUUGGAUAAAGCUGGUUGGGACUUGGCAGUUGAUGUAUUACAAACCAAUCUUUGGGAUGGUAUGUCACAGAAAGAACCAGACAACAAUAAAAACAACAACGUAUCCGGCGAGACUGUAUAUGAUGAUGACGAUUUUUACAAAGAAUUGCAGAUGCUUUCUCUUGAGAAGGAACGGAAUCAAAUGAAAGAGCUCGAUGAUCUUAAUUUGCCGAGUCAAAAUGAAAUCAAGAAGAUGCAGCAACAGUUAUUUGGAGAUCUUGAAAAUGAAGGCGGCUUGGAUAAGGCAUUUGAAACUAUGCAAGCACUAAGAGAGCAAGGCAACGAUUUACCGGAUGAAGAGAGGAGAAAGCUAGCUGCUAAGGUUGCCUUAUCAUUUGCUGCACAGCUUGGUGUAUAA